AUGGGUCAAAAAGUUCAUCCGCUCGGAUUCCGAAUUGGGGUUACACAAACCCACCGUUCACAAUGGUUUGCAAAACCAAAUGAGUAUGCAACACUCGUGAAAGAAGAUUUAAUUAUUCGUGAGUACGUCGAGAAAAAUCUUGCUGAUGCUGGAAUUUCACGUUUGAAUAUUUCACGUCAAGUCGAUCGUAUUGAAAUUGAAUUCUUCACUGCUCGCCCCCGUGCCCUUGUUGGCGCAAAAGGUGAAACAUUAACAGCGGUUCGUGAUGCUUUAAAGAAGCGUUUACCAAUGCACCGCAACGUUGCUUUAUAUGUAACAAAAACAUUACUUCCAGAAAUGGAAGCAAUUUGUAUUGCUGAAAACAUUGCGCAACAACUUGAAAAACGUACCCCAUUCCGUCGUACGAUUCGUCAGGCUAUUUUACGUGCGCGUAAGGCUGGUGCGGAUGGUAUUAAAAUCCAAAUUUCUGGACGUUUGAAUGGUGCGGAGAUUGCCCGUCAUGAAUGGGCACGUGAAGGUCGUGUACCAUUACACACUAUCCGUGCUGAUAUUGAUUAUGCAACCGCUCGUGCACAAACACUCUAUGGAAUUUUAGGAAUUAAAGUUUGGGUUUGUAAAGGAGAGAAAAAAUGCUAA